GACCCUUUAUAAAACCUUUCAAGAAUUAGCUACAACACAAUUGAUCAUUAUUCCUUCAACCUUUCUUUGCUUUCUAAUUAGCGUUCUUUCUCUUGUUAUUGUAGAGGGAGGACGAUAAUAUCAAGAAAGAAACUUUGUUUUAUUCUCUUAAUUAACUCAUCUAUCAUUCAAUAUGGGAAACUGUGGCAGCAACCCUAAGACCAAUGAGGGUCCUGAGCCAGUGCCUGAGAUUAAGAAUGAGGAGGUUAAGGUUGAGCAGGUGCAGGAGAGUGAAGCCAAUGUUGAAAAGAAGACAGAGGAAACCCCUAAUGAAGAUAACAAGUCUCUAAGCACCUUGCUCAAUGAGAAUGAAGAGGAGGCAAAGAAACCUGAGGAAGAAGUACAAGCUGAGCCCAAGGAAGAAAAAGCAACCACUGAGGAAGUAAAGGUUGAAACCAAGGAAGUAAACCCGAAACCCGAGGAGGAGCCCAAGGAAGAAGAACCUAAAGCCCAAGUUCAAGAAGAGAAGCCCAAAACAGAAGAGGCAUAGAGCUGAGAAACGUGCGUGUAGACAAAGGUUUUACCAGGAUUGAUUUUAUAUACUUCAACAAGUAUACAAAUUUGUUGCCUUUCUGUUUAGUGCUCCAAGGAAAAUUUAUUAGAUCUUAUAUUAUGCAAAAUUGAAUUUCGAUUUAGAGUUGUUGGAUUAAAUGAGCAUUUAAUUAAUAAGUUCUUUUUCCAAAUUA